GCCGCAACCGAAGAAAGUAUCAUGCCUCAAGAAACGAUCAGGAGUCAACUCAGCCCGUGAUUAGCCUCCUGGAAGGUAUUAGCACACAAUUGUUGUAGAGGAACCUUUCUUCAGAAACGGUGUGACAUCAAUCUGUUCCCGGCGUAUUGAUGGAACGAGCCGGGAACGAGGCAAAAUGGAGGAAGAAUCAAGCAUUUCGAAAUCUCAAAGAGCUAGGUUGACUUGCUCUGAAUGUUAUCGACGCAAGAUCAAAUGCGAUAAAAAUAUUCCGUGCGGAACUUGCAUCAAGCGAGGUCUCAGCGAUCUAUGCAAACGUGAAGAACAAGUAAGCUCCGGUCAAAACGCCUUGGCCCACCCGUCUCGAAACGAACAACGUCCCCAUGGCGACCUAGUAAGAACUCUGCUUGACCGAGUGUCUCAAUUAGAGGCAAAACUGGACCAAGGAAAGGAACCAACACGUGUCAAAACACUUGGAAUGGAAAUUGACCAUAUAAGUAGCCCAUUCCUCCCAGCCAACGCUCAUAGACAACAUUCCAAUCGUAAUGUAAUUUCGACUUCAAAAGACACCGAAAACACGGAAGGAGACGAAAUUACAGUCCUUGAAUUUCUUGCCUGGGGUCGAAAGAAAAAUGCAGACUUUGGCGAUUCGCCUGAGGAUGCUAAUGGACCGAGAAAACAGAGUGUUGGGCUGGAUUCUUCUUCCAUCACAACUGAUUUUAUGUCAGCAAACAUCCGCAACGUUCAAUUGGAUAUGCUCGAGGCACUGCUGCCUGCAAGCGAACAUAUCAAGCAACUUGUUGAGUAUCACAACAAGUGUCUGUUAUGGUAUCAUGGAUCGUACUCAUCGAAGACUAUGAACGACGAUCUUCAUACUUUUUUCACGGAAUAUUCCGGCAGCCCUAGGCAUGAGGAUUUGAACCUGCAAUGGCUUGCUCUGCUUUUCGCUAUAUUAUGCUGCAGUAUCACUUGUUCCUCUCCACGAACAUGUCGGUCUUGGGGGUUUUCCAACGCAGAACGGAAUUCACUUUCCUUGAAAUGGUAUGAAGCUACUGUCACUUGCCUAAAUAUGGCUCGAUAUAUCGAAGUACAUUCAAUCUACUCGGUACAAGCUAUAUCUACUUUAACCAUCUCUGCUCACAUCCUUGGUUUAUCAAACAGUCAAUCUGUACUUCUAAGCUCUGCUGGUCGAAUUGCUCAGAGCUUAGGCCUACAUCGGCUUGGCUCAGAAACGGAGUCAGCCAGUAGUACAAGGGAUCAAUUACGCAAGCGCGAAAGCGCAAGGCGUGUUUUCAUUCAACUUUGCAUACAAGACUGGUUCAGUAUCCCUUUCUCAGACUCAUAUGCUCUCGAUCCAAGAUACUGGAACACGGUCAAACCCUUAAAUUGCAAUGAUGAGGACAUGUCCCCACAACCACAGUCAAUACCCACCGACGCAAGCUACUGUAAUUACCGCUACGACAUUGCUGCGCUUAUGCCGCAGCUGCUUGAUGCUGUCUCAAAUUGUAAUACUCUAUUCACAAAGUAUGAAAAAGUAUUGGAAUUCGAUGAGAAAAUGCGAAAACUUGUCACGGCAUAUAUGCCGACUUUCCUCUCUACGGGUGCCCCAGUUGCCUCUUCGUGGCCCCCCUUUGUGAGUUGGGCUCGGCGCUCACUCACGAUAUGUGCUGCACAUAAGAUCAUCAUGAUCCAUCGGAAAUUUUUGGGGCUCUCUUUCACGAACUCAGCGUUCUCUUUUACACGUAGAACUUGUCUAGCAGCUUCGAAAACGAUCAUGAAAGAAGCUUUGUCUGCUGUUGAUGAGAAUGGACCAAUACUAUGGAUCGAGCAGGCAUUUACAGUCGCAGCAUGCAUAAUCUUCAGCCUUGACGCAUUCCAUCGGAACCCAAACGAAAACGAAUACGAAGAACAUAGAAAAUAUGUUUCAGACGGAAUUACGUAUUUGAAACGAUUUGAGAACAGCAAAAUUGCGACACGCGGUGUUCAGCUCUUAUCCUCACUGCAACAAGCUCUUGAGGUUGGUCGAAAACGUCCAAGAGACGAAGACACAGAAGACCCCUGCCCGGCCGAGAAACGAGUAAAGUUCGACAUUAAAGAAUUUAUCAAGCAGGUGUCUCAGAAUCUGCAAGUCACCACGCCAGCAGCCACCCCAAUAGCAGAACAAAUGGAGAGUGCUGCGGAGAUAGCAUGGGAUAACAUAUAUGACCUUCUGCCACCUGGAGCUGGAUUUGGCGGUCAAAAUCUAUUCGAUGAUUUCUUUGCAUUUCACCCAUAGAAAUGAGAGAAUUACCUGGAUACCGAAUUUGGAGCUGUCGAUUACAAGCUAUUACAUGC